UUACCUAAAUAGUUAGUUCUAUAGUAUUUUAAAGCUUGAAGCAAGAGGACGCACUUUUCUUUCGCUAAGAGAGGAAGCCCUCAGAUUAAUUCGCAGGAUUUCUAUCGUCCUUUGGGACCUAAACAGUAGAGAUCACGGGUAAAACGUCGUUAACAACGGCGCGACACGGGAACCUGAGGGGAUGGCUAAACAUCAUCCAGAUUUAAUCUUCUGCCGCAAACAGGCGGGAGUAGCUAUUGGGAGACUAUGUGAAAAAUGUGAUGGCAAAUGUGUUAUCUGUGACUCUUAUGUACGGCCUUGUACACUGGUGCGCAUUUGUGAUGAAUGCAACUAUGGCUCUUAUCAAGGACGCUGUGUGAUAUGUGGGGGUCCUGGAGUCUCUGAUGCUUAUUACUGCAAGGAAUGUACUAUUCAGGAAAAAGAUAGAGAUGGCUGUCCCAAGAUUGUCAAUUUGGGGAGUUCAAAAACAGAUCUCUUUUAUGAGCGAAAGAAAUAUGGCUUCAAAAAAAGAUGAUCCCAUCUCCAUUGUGAAAGUACUCCUGAAAAAUUUUGGACUUCAUUUUUAUAGGAAAGCAAUUACAUUAAAUAUAAUACUUUGAUGGAAAAUAUUGCUUACUAAAAAUUAUUGACAUUUUUCAAUGAAAAUAAAUAUUGAGUUAAAUAUUAUAAUUUGAAUCACUAAGUAAGUAAAUUGGAAUUCAGACCCUGGAUCUUGAUAGACAUAGACCUUUUUUCUAACAUAAUUCUUUCAUUGUAUAUUAGGUCAAACCCAAGGUUUUCUGAAGAAUUUGAUUAGCUGUUAUUUCAGUGUUAUGGUGGAUUAUAUCACAAUAAAGUUUUAUAAUAGUCUUCUAAUGAAAACUCUCAUAUCUACAUUUCUUGAACUUAGGUUGGUGUGUGUGUGAUAGUUAUUAGUUUGUUAAUUAUCAGGGAGUUAAAUUCAGGCAUAAAUUGAUAGUGGUAGUUUAAUAUCCAUAACAAUAAAGGGCUAUAAACAGUAAUCUAGAAUUGCUCAGUGACUGAGAUAACAUAUAAGCUGAAUAAAUCAAUAAAGAACAUUUGGUAUUACCCUAA